AAUUCAUCGGCCAGUCUAGCUGGAGGAAGCGUGGAAAGUGGAUGUACGACGUAACAGUUGUUUGGUACUGAUCUCCCUUGGAUAACUGACUACUAACCGUUACUUCUGUUUGAUUUCGAUCAACUCAGUGUUAUUUUUGUUGUGUUUGUGACUUGAGUAUCCCAAAUUUCAGUGUUGUGUCGGUACCAACCCCCUGUGACAAUGUUGACAGUCGGUGGAGUGUCCAGUGGUCGACCAGUUGACAACAUUCUGUACUACUUCGAGUGACUGUUGUCAGUGUGACAGUGUCUUUGUUAGUUGUUGUGAACCGGCCUCAGUAUGCCUAAAAUAUUCCUGAUCAAAAAUCGGCUGCAUUUGCAGCAGCUAAAACUGCUGGAGUCGCAGAAAAAUCGCGAGGAAUCGUCGCCGACUCUAUCGCCUCCCGGAUCGCCGCUGAGCGACUCACAGCCGCUAUCGCUCAUCGUUAACCGAUCAGACGACGACGCUAGAGGAAGUGGGGGAGCAAGGGGGGACAGAUGCCCUCAGGCGCCACGACGCUUCAUUUCGUCGAUUUUGGGGGGUGAUGUCCCCUAUGCGGGGCACAGCCAUCACAUUCUCACUUCGGCCGAGAAGAAGGAGUACGUCCUUCCGAAACCACCCUCUUCACCCUCGCCCCCACCACCCGUUCCAGUGGUGCCAGUACCCGACAAACAGCUAUCGCCAUCCUGCGAGGGAGAGAGGGAGAACAAGAGAGAGGCGCCGCGAUGCCAGCCAGUCUCUGUGAUCCAGAGGACGCCCGCCCCCGGCCCCCCUGCGCCUGCACCUGCACCCCUUCUGCCUCCGCCUGCUGCCCCACCGGUCACAAAACCGCCCCCGUCUCCGAGUUCGCCACCUUCUCAUUUGUUGGUGCAGGAGCCGGAACAGGAGGCACCCAUCGACUACCACGUCCCGAAGAAGGAGGCGGCAGUCGCCGUUCCCGCAAGCGGUAGCGGCACCGCAGGCGGCGGCGGGAAAGCGGAAGCGGACGAACUUUUACGACAGAGACACCGCCUAGCGCUGGCGAUUAGACGCCAGCAUCACCUGAUUUUGGCGGCGGGCAGACGACGGGAACUGACCGGUGCUUUGACCGGAACACCGGGGGUAAAUCUGGAGUUGAACGGUAGACGGCGGGAGCUAACCAAUGCGUUAGUUCCGGGUGUGAACCGGGGUCCAUCGCGGGAGUUGCCUGGUGCGGUGCGGACAAUGUCUGGUGCUCCGCAUAUUCUGAUGGCGGCCGCGGGACACAGUCGCACCGGAGCGGGAGGCGGCGGAAGUGGCGGGAGCGGACAGGGUGGAUCUUCGCAGGGCGGUUCGCGCGGGUCUGCGGGACAUUCGUACGGCGGUGGUGGUGGUGGAGGUCUAAGCUCAGGCAGCGCCUCGGGCUCGAUGGGCGGCGCUUCAGGGGGCGGCGGCGGCGGCCUGAACCCCGGAGGCGGUGGUAACGGAGGUGGCGGCAAGUCCAACUACGGCCCCAGCAGCCCGCCAACCGGCUCACUGCCCCCGUUCUACGAGAGCCUCAAGGGGGGCGGUGCCCUGCCCGCGGGCUAUCCCCUGCCGCCUCCACAGGGGGGCUAUCAGUACCAGUCACUGUUGUCGGCCCCCCUGCCAAUGGACUGCGACACGGGGCAGACGGCCGUCGAUCUGCACACCAAUGGCUACAACCCGACUGCAGGCGUCGAUGUGCCCCCCAAACAGUACUCGCUGCUGCAGAACGUGUGCGCUACCUAUGGAAUCAUGAUGAAGGAGGAGGAAGAGGAGGAACUGAACAACUAUGUGAAGGAUAACGGUGGGUUCUUGCCCUAUGAUGACGUCAUGGUGGAUGCCGUGACUGGAGCAGUCGUGGACCCCCUUCAGUUCACGGCAACCCUUACGUUUUCCGGUGCCGCAGAUCACAAUGCCUUACUGGAGAGUUUGUCUGAUGAACUGUUCCUAAGGGAGCAACCAGGUGAAACCAUCCCACCGCCCAUAGAACCCUCGGUCAACCCUUUCCCCGAACACCGCGCGGUCUGCUAUGACACACCCUCAUCCUCAACCACCCCCACCUCCUCCUCCUCCUCGACUAUGACCUCAUCAAGGGGAGGCCUCCCCUCCUCCUCGGCCUCCUCCUCCACCUCCACCUCCUCCUACCGCAGCCUGCCUCCUCCCCCCGGCUACAACGAGCUGGCCAAGGAGCGAGCUGAGUUGGCGCUGCAUCUUAGCGCCGCUGCUUCGGCUGCAGCUGAUGAGCCCUCGCAUCAGAUGCAGCAGCUGCAGAUACAGGUGCAGUUGCAGCAACAACAUCAGCAGCAUCACAGCAUGCAUCAGGCGCAGCAUCAGAAUGAUGUCAAGGGAGGCUCUCUUCUCUCUCCAGGCCUAUCUUCACUGGAGUUGGACUCGAGCACAAGCAUGUCCCUCCCCUCCCCUGCUUCCUGCAGUCUGGACGGAACCGGCUCUCUCUCUCCCCCUCCCGGUGGAGAUAUUGCCUCCAUUCCAUCCCUCCAGGUCAGGGUUGGAGUGCUACAGCAAAGGCUGGGUCUCCCAGGCGACGUAGCGCUGGAAUUCGUGAACGGCGGUCACGGCAUCAAAAACCCGCUAGCCAAUCACGACCCGGUUGUGCCCGCGGGGAGCGGAGCCACGCCCUCCUCCCUGCUAGCCCCGCCUCCCGCCUCCUCGGCUGGCCCCGCCCCCGAGAAGAUGGAGGCCGCCGAUGUGAAGCCGCCUCGCUGUGAAUCGAGCGGUCGCUUUCAGUGUCACCUGUGCAGCAAGACAUUCAGCCUGCAGCGGCUGCUAAAUCGGCACAUGAAGUGUCACAGUGAUGUCAAACGCUAUCUGUGCACCUUCUGUGGAAAGGGCUUCAACGACACCUUCGACCUCAAGAGGCACACUCGCACGCAUACCGGCGUGAGACCCUACAAAUGCAACCUUUGCGAAAAGUCAUUCACUCAGAGGUGCUCUCUCGAGUCUCAUUGCCUCAAGGUGCACGGCGUCCAGCACCAGUAUGCCUACAAGGAACGGAGAACAAAGAUGUACGUGUGUGAAGAAUGUGGCCACACAACCAACGAGCCUGAGGUGCACUACAUUCAUCUGAAGGACAACCAUCCCUACAGUCCUGCCCUUCUCAAAUUCUACGAUAAGCGCCACUUCAAGUUCACGAAUUCAAACUUCGCCAACAUGCUUCUCCAGUCUCAUGGUCUCCAGUUGGGUAAAGUCCAGUAAUGGUUCGGAUCCCACCAGUCGACAACCUAGCAAGUAAAACGUUUUCCUAUUGGCUCUUCAAGUCUCAUCUCCGAAACGGCGGGAAACGUUUUUAAAGUGGUCGAUAAGUAAACUCAGUUUAUCUUGAUGUCAAAUGUGAAUUUGCCAAAGAAUAAAUCAAUGUUUUUAAAAACUUCAAAAUUUUAUCAAAGUUUAUAACUUACCAUGUUAAUGUCUGACAUAAUUUUGCCGAUUAGCAUUCAAUGUCAAACAUGAUUAGUAAAAUAGGAAAUCCAUGUUUUUCGACAUUGCAAAAUGCUAUAAAAGUUUAUAACUUAUCAUGCUAAUGUCGAACAUAAUAAUUUUGCCAAAUAGUAUAGUCAAUGUUUAUUUUCUUUCAAAAAUGGUAUCCAAGUUAUAACUGAACUCUACUAAAUAAGGAUCUAAAUAAGAAUUCAAUGUUUUUCGACAUUGCAAAAUGCUAUAAAAGUUUAAAACUUAUCAUGCUAAUGUCGAACAUAAUAAUUUUGCCAAAUAGUAGUCAAUGUGUAUUUUCUUUCAAAAAUGGUAUCAAAGUUAUAACUUAACUCUACUUUCACAAACUAGUUAAAUUGAUAGAAAAAUGUAUGAUCUAGUUACUAUAGUAUAGGAUCUAGAUUGGGGAAAUUAUAUUCUUGUAAUCGUAGUACAUUAAUACUAAGAGACAAAACUAUAUUGAAUUAUUACAAAUUUGAUAUCUUACUGACAAAAUAUGAGAUAUUUUUCGAAAAAAUAAUAAUUAUAUAGAGACAAAAUCAAGUGAAAAAACGAUAAGAUCUUGAUUUAUUACAAAUUUAAUCUAAACUGACAAAAUAUAAUAUAUAUUUUUUCAUAAAUGUAAACGAUAUACUGUAGUGAGUUCGAGAAAAUUACUUUUAUGUAGUGCUACUGAAAUCUCAAUAUUAAUAAACGGUUCUCAAGAACGUUCAUAGCCGAGUGAGGCUCGGAUGUCCAAUCUGACCCAGGAUCAGCUAGUUAAUUAUGGUUAGCGCAGCUCAGAUCAAUUUAAUUACAAUUAAUUUUCCAAAUAAAUCCAUCCGUCAAAGCAAGCUUUUCAAGCAUAGUAUGAAGACUGCAUGUUUAUUAGUGGAUAAACGUUAUAUUUAAUAAAUUAUGUAGUUUGUAUUAUUUUCGAUCGGUAAGGAGGGAAAAUGUAAUAAUAUUAGUGUCAAUGAAAUAAUGAAAUGUUAAAUAAAAAAAUUAUGACAAGAUGAGAGAUGGGAGUUCUUAAUACAACAUGUUAAAUACUAUAAAAUAUGACUUAUAAAAUACUAUGACAGAUAUCAAUGUAUCAAAAUGUUGUCAAAUAUAGCAUCACUAGCAGGACACCUGUGCUUCGCUACGGGAAUUAAAAGAUAAUAUCAUUUUUCGAAAUAAUUUAAACUCGGAAAGCAACAAGGAUAUCCAUUAUUUUUUCGUGCACUGAUAUCAAAGUUCUUCUCCAAAAAUAUUCAUUUCUACAAGUCUCAACACAUCCAAAUGAUUACAGCCUGAUUCCCAUUAAUUUACUUUCAUCUAGUGAAACAGAUGAAAUAUCACAUGAGAAUAUCACAUAAAAUAUCACUUUCUUCAUAUCACAUGAGAAUGAAUGAAGCAAAACCUUUUUUAAUAUAAAUUGGAAAAAUAUUAAUAGUACCAGUAGUUCAUGUCGUUUAAAAACAUUAAAUAAUGCAAUAAUUCUUCAUUCAUGAUUUUUUCCUCCAUGUUUCACAAUAUUUUUUCCAACAGAUACUGUUGAGUGUGGCAAAUAAUUUAGUAAAUUUUAUUUCAUUUGAUAUGAUCAUGAACUUGGUAAUCAUGAACUUUGCUGACAAUAUUUGUUUUCAAAAGAUUUGACAGAGUGUGGCAUAAUUUUUGGAAACUUCAUUUCAUUUUAAAGUACCUAUCAUAAAUUUUGUAAACAUAAAUUUUGCCCUCAAGAUACCGUUCAAUCAUCCAGAGCUCUUCUUACCUAAAUCCGUGGAUUUUAUCAUGGUAACAAGACUAAAUUUUCCCAACUAAUAAUUUUCAGUACUGGAUUUGUUUUUGAUAGUGUUAAAUUUUGAAUAAAUUUUAAAUAAAAAAUUUGGGAGAAGACAGUUUUGGGCUAUGCCUGUUGUCUUCUCCCAAUCAUAUUAUAAUUAUGAUCUGUAAUUGCCAAUAGAAUAAAUAAAUGAAUAAUGAAUAAUGUUACUAAAUAGAUCUGUUUUCGAUUUUAUCAUGUAACGAGGCUAGAUUUUUCCAACAACUGAUAAUGUUUAGUGCUGGAUUAUUGUAUUUGAAUGGUGGGCUAUGAAGAAGGAAAAGUAUAAUAUUACUAAAUUAUCAAUAUACUCAUAUAGAGGAGAACAAAACAAAGCUGUAAAUAUAAUACUAUUAUGUAGAUCGAAUGUAAGGAAUAAACUUAAGUUUACAAUAUUGUGCAAUUUUAAUUUAAUAUUUUGAUAUAAGGUUUCGGAUUUGGGGUUUUCUGACUAUAGACUGGGAAACCGAAGAAUACAUAACUGUAGUCAGUGGAUAAUCCAGUAAUAUGUAUCACGACUGUAGGCGUUGAAUACUGAAAAUCACAGAGUUAAUUCUUUCACUUGUAUAAAUUAGAUAACGUUUUAUAAGUAUGAUUGUUGUAUGUUAUUAUAUUAUGUUUCUGUUUAUAUUGUUAAGUGUGUAGACGUAGAGUGUUGAUAUUUUCCGAAUUACUUUCGUUCUUAUUUAUUUUUGUGCUUAUAAUAUGCAUUCAGAGAUGUGAAUUAUUUUUGAACACUAUUUGGUUUUGGAUCUACUGCAGUAUAUCUAUAUACUGGGUUGGGAAAGACAUUGAAUCUCCUCAUAUUAUAGAUAUAGAUAUAUUUUUUCCCAUAGUCCUUGUAUCAGUGGUUUGGAAAUUAUAUAUUUAUAUUUAUCCAGUGUGAAUGACUUAAAAGGCAGUUGAUAUAGAUUUAUAGAUAUAACUUAAUUUCUUCAAGUAUCAGUUUUGUUUCUUCUUAGUUAAUAUCUAUUUAAAAAAAACUGAGUUAACUCGAAAAUUGUAGCUUGUUGUUGGUUGAAGGCUAUUUCUUGAAACAAUUAUUUCAAAUUCAACCCAAAAUGAUGAAUUUUCUAAUAAAUGUUUCACAUUGGAAUGAUCUCUGUUGUUUCAUCCUUAAACGUUGUAGUGCUAAUAGGAUAAAUAAUUUCGUUUGGCUCUUUUUAAUAAUUUUUCACGCAUAAUCUAAUUUUGUUUCUGUGAUAGUCAUUUAUUUUUAUUUCAUAAGUAUCCAUUGAUUUUGGUUUGGUUUUGAACAGAAAAACAAUAUUUUUAUGUAUACUGAGAUGAUCCUCUGUAACUUGUGUUGUAGAAAAUUUGAAUAUUUUUUGUAAAGUGUGAUUCAUCGCCAACUGUCAGUGUUGAAUGAAUUAGAUGCGGUACUGUUUUCUUAUGAGAAAUGCUGACAGAAUUUUGUGAAUCUCACCAGGAAGGAACGGG